AAAUUUAGAUUUAGCUAUAUUUUUAGAACAACCAUUAAUCUAGCCAUUAAUCUAGCCAGGGCAAAAUGACAAAAAUAUUAUUGUUCUCCAGAUUAAACCUUCCCCAAAUUCUUUUAAAAAAAAUCGUAUUUCACUUCUAUUUGUGAGUGUUAAUCAUAAAAAUGAAUAUUUUGCCCAAAAAAAGCUGGCAUGUCCGCAACAAGGAUAACAUCGCACGGGUCCGGCGGGACGAAGCGAAGGCGGCCGAAGAGGAAAAGGAGCGGCAACGGCGGAUAGCUCUCGCCGAUCAGGAAGCCCGCAUAGACUUCCUACGGCAGAAAUCGAGAGCUGAAAGGGGUACUGGGUUUGCAGAUGAACCAACAAAUGCUUCGACCAGCAGCGAAUUGGAUAGGAGACUGAAGCAGAGUGAGCAUGUUAAUUUUUUUCAGGAUCUGGAAAGUGGACGGGACGAUGGGGUCAAACGGAAGAAUACUGACCACGAGAAGGAGAAGAAGGACGAACAGGAAAAGUAUGAAAAGCAGAUCGGAUAUUUGACGUAUCUUGGACAAGAUACCAAUGAGGCUCUUGGGAAACGGGAUUGGUAUGAUGUGGCCCCAGGGCGAACGGAUCAAAAAGAUUCAAAAGGAAAGUUUGUAGAAGUUGGAAUGAAAUCUAAGGAGUAUAACGAUCCACUGAAUGUGAUGAAGCGGUAUAUGCCGGAAAUGCGAGUCAAAUCACUUCCAUCUAAACCGAGUGAAGCUGGAAACGAUCAAGCACAUUCAAGUCGAUACCAAUCAUUGACUGGUACUUCAAAGAAUCUUUCGAAGAGGAAACGCAGUGAGAGCGAUUCCAGCGACGAUUUACACAAAAGGAAGAAGAAGAAGAAACAUCACAAGAAAAAGUCCAAAAAAGAGAAAAAGAAGCGUAAAAAGCGGAAGAAAUCUUCAACAGAUGGUUCCUCAUCCGACGAGGAACAAAGGCAAGCGAAGAAGGCUAUGCUAGACAAACUACGCCGGGAAAGGAUGGCCCGAGAACAGGAGGAAAAAUCACGCACUGAUAAAUUGUUGGCCAAAUUGCGGGGCGAUCCGGAACCUAAAAAGCCGGAAGUGCAGCCGCAACUGCCACCAGGGCCAAUCAUCAAACAGAAAUACAAUUCACAGUUCAAUCCGGAAAUCGCGAAACAAAAUUAUGAAUAAAAAUGGAAAUGAUGUGUAC